UUUCAGCCAAAUUUUAAAUAUGGCGCGGUGCCCAAAGUAGUCGUGGGUGUGAUAAUAGGAUAUUUCGUAGGAAAAUUUAGUUACCAGCAAAAGUGCGCGGAAAAGCUAAUGCGGUUACCUAAUUCAAAACUGGGAGAACUGUUAAGCCAACGUCAACGUGAUGGAAGCGUUAUUAGUAGGCUUAAUCCAGAUCAAGGUAUUGGUAUAGGACUAACAUUAUCACCAUUUAAUUCAACUGGAACAAGUGACGAACAAAUCCAAGAACUCCCUCGUGCUAGUGCCCUCAAUUUAGAUUUGGAAAACCGUCCUUCAAUUACUGGCCUUGACGACAUUUAUCGCCCCUCAUUAGAUAAUACACCUUUCUACGAAACGCAAUUGCCUAUCAAAGCUAAACAAAGCAUAAGUUAAGAAGAGUUACGAAAAAAAAAUCGGGAAGAAUAUGAGAAAAAGCACGACACAUUUUCCCGGCCUCUGCCCGAAAAUGCACCAAUAGUUAUUCGGGAGAAUGAAGCCAUUAAAACGACUUUUGGAGCCGAUUCUAGUCACAAAAAUAAAUAUGGAGAUACAUGGACGGAUUAGUUAUAUUUGUCUGCUAAAAAAGUAUUUUUUUUUUUUAUUAAAGUGUUAAUGCUGAUAUAUAUAUAUACAUAUGUAUACUGGAUAAUUGUUAAA